AUGGUAUGUAUCGAUAAUGCUCCGGAUCUCACGAAUAUACUGACUAUUCAACAGAAAAUCAAAGCACUAUCCCGCUCGUCGAGCUCGAUACAGACUCCCGGCAGCGAUGUCGCUCGCCAACCUAGGAACCUCGAUCCUGCCUUGCACCCUUUCGAGCGGGCGAGAGAAUAUACAAGAGCACUGAAUGCUGUAAAACUCGAGCGCAUGUUCGCGGCGCCGUUCGUCGCCCAACUGGGAAGAGGUCACGUCGACGGAGUAUACCAAAUUGCAAGAGAUCCGAAGGCUCUGGACCGAUUUGCGAGUGGCAGUGGUGACGGAGUGCUGAAAGUCUGGGAUCUCCCUAGUCGAGAUGAGGUAUGGCAGACACAAGCGCACGAGAAUCUGGUGAAGGGAAUGUGCUGGACUCAAGAUCGGAAGCUGCUGAGUUGCGGGACAGAUCGGACGGUCAAGCUGUUCGAUCCAUACAACACGCCGGGAAAGAGUCCGCCGACUGCGACUUGGUUGGGAUCGAAUGCUUUUACUGGGCUCACGCUGCAUCGGAAUGAGCCUGCGUUUGCUGCCGCUUCUGCGUCCGCCAUCCAGCUCUACGAUCUGUCACGGCCUUCGACAACACCAACGCAGUCGCUCGCAUGGCCAACUAGUGUUGACACAAUCAAUGCCCUCGCGUUCAAUCAGUCCGAGACUUCACUUCUUGCCUCAUGCGCGACUGACCGCUCGCUUGUGCUCUACGAUCUCAGAACAUCAUCACCACUUCACCGCAGCGUCCUAACGAUGUCCAGCAACAGCAUCGCCUGGAAUCCAAUCGAACCGUUCAACUUAGCCCUUGCCAAUGAGGAUCACAACAUCUACCUCUUCGACACUCGCAACCUCAAGCGAGCUCUCAACGUCCUAAAGGAUCAUGUUGCAGCCGUCAUGGAUGUCGACUUUAGCCCUACCGGUCAGGAGCUCGUCUCGGCCUCCUACGAUCGCAGCAUCCGUCUUUGGAAUCCGCAAAGAUCAGGUCACAGUCGCGACAUCUAUCACACAAAGCGGAUGCAGCGUGUCUUCUCGUGUACGUUCACCGGCGACUCUACAUAUGUGCUUUCUGGCUCAGACGAUGGUAAUGUCCGCAUCUGGCGUGCGAAUGCGAGCGAGAGAAGCGGCGUCAAGUCUGCUCGGGAGAGGCAAAAGAGGGAAUACGAUGAAGCGCUAAAGCAAAAGUGGAAGCAUAUGCCGGAGCUCAACCGCAUUGCUAGACACAGGCAUGUACCGAAGGUGGUAAAGAAGGCCGGUGAGAUCAAAUCAGAAGAACUAAAGGCUUUGAAGAGGAGGCAGGAGAGUGAGAGGAAGCACUCUCGCGACAAGCAGAAGCGGCGUAGCGAAAGAGAGAAGAUGGUACUUACUACAGAACAGUAG